UAAAAUUGGUCAAAUAUGAGUUCUAUUGGAACAGGAUAUGAUCUGUCUGCAUCCCAAUUCUCUCCGGACGGACGAGUAUUUCAAAUUGACUAUGCAUCCAAAGCUGUCGAAAAAAGCGGAACAGUUAUUGGUCUAAGGGGAAAGGACUCUGUUGUAUUGGCGGUGGAGAAAAUUGUUACAAGCCCUCUCUAUGAAGAAGAUGCUGGUGCACGUAUUUUCACAAUCGACAAGAACAUUGGCUUAGCUAUAGCUGGUCUUUUGGCCGAUGGUCGUUAUAUUGUGGACAUAGCAAGACAGGAAGCUGCCAAUUACAGACAACAAUUUGAACGUACCAUACCAUUGCGUCAUUUAACGGAACGUGUUGCUGCCUACGUACAUGCAUACACUCUGUACAGUGCAGUUCGUCCAUUUGGUGUUUCAGUGAUUCUCUCUGCCUGGGAUGAAGAUCAGGGUCCACAAUUGUACAAAAUCGAACCAUCAGGUUCCUCGUUUGGUUAUUUUGCCUGUGCCAGUGGCAAAGCAAAACAACAAGCCAAAACAGAAAUGGAGAAAUUUAAUUACACUGAAAUGUCUACCACCGAUUUGGUACAGAAUUCUGGAAGAAUUAUCUAUCAAGUUCACGAUGAGUUAAAAGACAAAGAUUUCCGCUAUGAAAUGAGUUUGGUUGGCAAAGAGACGAACGGAGUACAUCGCCUAAAUCCAGCACCAUGGCAUGCUAUGGCCAUAGAAGCCGGCGAAGCCUUUAAGAACGAAGAUGAUAGUGAUAAUGAAAUUUAAUUUCUAUGGAAUCUGUCUU